ACGGCGAAUUUGGCCAAGUUGGAGCGAGCGUCGACGCCGCUGGACGACGCGCUGAGGAAUGGGAGGCCGACGGUGUUGGAGUUUUACGCGGAUUGGUGCGAGGUGUGCAAGGAAUCGGCGCCGACGGUGUACGCGGUGGAGACGGCGCACGGGAAGGCGGUGAACUUUGUGAUGUUGAACAUCGACAACGCGAAGUGGAGCGACGAGAUGGACGCGUACGGGGUGGAUGGGAUACCGCAUUUGGAGUUUUUGGACGCCGCGGGUGAGAGCGAGGGAUUCAUCGUCGGUAAGUUUCCGCGCGAGGUGUUGGAGAGCAACGUCGCGGCGUUGGAGGCUGGCGAGCGAGAGCUGCCGUACGCCAAGCGAUACGGCGCGGCGAGCAAG